AUGACGGGGGAGGGAGAUGGCGACGUCCGCCUCAAGGCUAUGCCUGCAGUAGAUGCUCUUCUUGAGCUGGACGAGAUGACUCUUGAAGAGUUCGGCAGUACCGUGAAGGCAGGUGAUAUGGCCGAAGUGGUCAUUGUACGACCGGACGAGGAGAUAAACUUGUCAUCGCUUCUGGAUGAAGCUGUCUCGGAGGACACUAAGAGAGUGCUGAACGCACGAAGUGGAUCGUUGAUCCAACGGAAUCUCUAUCCUUUGGUGAAGGAAUUCCAAGACGUCGUCUCCAAAGACCCGCCUUCGGUCCUACCUCCGGACUGA